UCGGCGUCCCGCGUCAGUCGUGUUUCGUACGCCGAGCGGCCAAGUCGAGCGCACGUGGACGCAGUGGAAGUCGCGUGGAAGCGUGCGCGCGUCACCAUCCAUCCGCCCGUCGUCGUUAGGAAGGAAGAGGAAACGAAGGAAAAAAUAAGGAAAACGGGGGCCGACGGCGACCAGGAAAACGGAGCGAUGGCCAGCUUGAGGCAGACCCCGCUGACGUGCAGCGGCCACACGAGACCCGUGGUCCACCUCGCCUUCUCCGACGUCACCGAGUCCGGGUACUUCCUCAUCUCGGCGUGCAAAGAUGGCAAACCUAUGUUGCGGCAAGGCGACACUGGAGAUUGGAUCGGUACGUUUGAAGGACACAAAGGGGCAGUGUGGGGUGUAGCUUUAAAUCCAGAGGCUACGCGAGCUGCGACUGGCGCAGCAGAUUUUAAUGCCAAAGUCUGGGACGCGAUUAAAGGAGAGGAAGUCCAUUCCUUUCAGCACAAUCAUAUAGUUAAAUCUGUCAAUUUUAGUACCGAUUCCAAUCAUCUGUGUACUGGCUCAAACGAGAAGAUUGUACGCAUUUAUGAUCUUAAUAAACCAGAAGCAGCCCCACAGAUCUUCUCAGGUCACACCAGCGGUAUUAGGCACGUCACUUUCUUCGACAAUAACACCGCUUUAAUUACCUGCGCAGAUGACAAGACACUGAGGGUAUGGGACAGAAAUAGCGGGCAAGAAGUUAAGAGACUAGACUUCCCUGCGGUUCCAAGUUCCAUGGAGGUGUCGAAAGAUGGAAGCAUUAUUACUACCGCUCACUCUAACAUUGUUACCUUUUGGGACAGCAAAGAAUUAACCAAGAUAAAAGAAUUUAUGGCCCCGACUCAAGUCAAUAGUGUCAGCUUGCAUCCGGAUUGUACUAUUUUUGUGUGUGGUGGGGAGGACUUCAAAAUGUACAAGUUUGACUAUAGUACAGGGGCGGAAAUAGAAUCUUUCAAGGGACACUUUGGGCCUGUACACUGCGUACGCUUUUCACCGGACGGUGAAUUGUACGCUAGCGGAUCCGAGGAUGGUACCUUGAGACUGUGGCAGACCGUAGUCGGCAAAACCUACGGAUUAUGGCGUUGCGUGGAACAGCCGCCCACAAUACAAGAAAAUGUCGCCGUGGUUAAUAAUAAACAAGAAGUUCCUGCAAGUUAAACUUGAACCUCAAUAAGACAAGAAAAUCUCCAGAUGUCUUUCCGAAAGCCUAAAAGCAGACCUCUCGGACCAAACUCGAGUGGAUGAAUAUUCUGUAAAUUAAAACGCGUCGAAUAUUUAUUAUUUGGGCCGCCGGAAAUUCUUGUAAAUAACUCAUCCAUCUAGACAGAGAUCGCCCGCCUCCACCGUGGCCUUUAUUCCAAAACUACAAGUGAGGACCAAUUUCAGAGCUCGCGGAGGUGCGGGGGAUACGGGAUUGUUUGUAUUACGAGGAGAAACAACAAUGAAAAAGAAAUAUUAACAUUUAUUAACAUUAUACAUGUCACGUUAUUAUAAUACAAAAUUAGGUAGAGAUGUAACGAGAGAAAGAAAGACAAGUUCAUAACGAACGUUGCAUUUGUAUUUCUUCCGAGCCGAUACCGUUCAUCAUUCAAACACACGAAACGACAU